AUGCCUCGCACGUCCAAGAAUUACUCGAUAUUUCUCCCACCAAGCCUCUCGAUGACAGAACUUGUCAAAACGACCCUUGAUCACGACUCAACUGAUAUGCUCAUUGACCGAUGGCUGGAACACCGCAACAAUGGGCAUGAUCCCUACUAUGAGUGGUUCAGAGACACACGAGAGCGCAAGCACGGCCACUUGACCAAGCAGACUGUAGCUUGGAAUAAAGGGGGAUUCGUGCCGGAGAACGUCUUCUGCCGUACAGUCGACACUGGUCGCUUGAUACCUCUCGAUCGGACAUGGACCACUCAUGUCUAUCACCACCACACAAUGCAAGAUCGCAAACUUCCCAUGAUGCCUGUAGUAUUUACCAUGCUCCCAGAACUCAUGCUGCUACGCGGCAUGCACGACACAGGCUGCGAUGAAAUUUACAUCAUCGUGACCGAUCUCAAGAGGCAAGAAAUGGACGAUGUGGCAGAAUAUUUUAAACUUGCCAGUCGGUAUUGUUUUGGGAGGCCUUGUAAGCCUAGUAUCGAGGAGCGGAUACAACGUGAACACAUGCGCCUCAGCCAUACCCUCCUACGUCAAAGACGCACCCCCUGUUUCCCUCAGAUUGACCUCACCUUACGAGCAAUCCUCUACGAGAAGCGUCCUCGAUUCCUUGUCCUCUUCUCCCACCACACGACCUCCUACUCUCAAAUAUUUUUCACAGACCCGUCUUAUAUACCCGAUGAGGACAUCUUCUACGAUUAUCCCACAGGCUGCCCGAACCCAUGCUGCACAGAUGACUGCGAGAUCAUUCGCUUCCCCAGAAGAGGCAUCGAGAGCGCGGCUAUCCUCCAGAUUAAAACAAAAGAGCGACGGAAGCGCGUACGUACGAAAGACAUGUGCAACUGGAUCGAUUGCGACGUUGCUUUUGGAGAAACCUCGAGGCGUAGGAUGAGCACGAGCGUAGGAAGUUCCGAGGGAUCAGAGACGAGUGGUGACUCAUCCCUUCAGGAGGCACCGACGAUAUCAGGCCAUCUAUGCAGCAAGUGCAAACUCGUCAGAUACUGUUCCCCCGAACACCAGAGAAAGGACUGGGAGGAGCAUCGGCGAGUAUGCGUGAAACGCUGA